AUACUUUUAAUGGACAACAUUGACGCAGUUGAAAAUAGUGAAGUAGAAAGUAGUCAACAUGCGUCUUUAGAACAACGCCCGCAACAACUUGUUGAUACAGUAGAAACUGCGGUUGACAAAGGUUCUCCUUGUACAGAGUUUCACGAAGUUCUUGUUGCUCCGAAUUCUAACUCGGAAGUCAUACCGUUACCUCAUGUAGAAACCAGUUCUUUUUCUGAGCAACCUUUUGGAUUCGAAGAGAAAGCGCCAGACUUGAAUGAAGAAGUGUUUUGUUUUUCAAGAGAGGACUCGAAGGAGAAGCUUAUUCAGUUCGAUGGUGUUUUUCGAGAAGAUGGGAACGAGAGUUUGGAGGUGUCAGUUGAAAGACAAGACGAUGAGCAAGGUUCAGGUUCUGCAGUUCGACAGGUUUCACAAGAAAAGCAAACAAACGUAGAGCUUCAAGACUUGGAUUAUUGGGAGUUGGAAGAUGAAGAAAGCAGUGUGAAGAACUUGGAACAAGAACAGUUGAAUGGUAGUAAAAACAUUCAACAGAUACCAGUUGAGAAUAUAGUUGAAACUGUGAACUCGCAGUCGCCUACGCAGUUCGUUGCAGUGGAUAGUGAUACAAAACUAGAAGAAGGAGAGCAAGUAAUUCGUCAGGAAAAACAAGAAGUCAAUGGAAACGAUAAUUGGAAAGAAGUAAAAGAGUUUCAAGAAGUAAGUCAACAACCAGAAGUCCAACCGAUAAUGCCAUCCUCAACGGCAGUUUUAAGUGACACUACAUUUCCUGUAUUGGAUAUCACAUCUUUCGGAACUACCGAGAAAGAUCAGGAGAAUCGUAAUAAUUUACCUGCCGCUAGUUCUCUUAGUUCAAGUAUUAACCAAGAAAGUCAAAUGAUACAUAAUAGCGAGAACUAUAGUUAUCCGAUGGGAGGGUCAUUAUCUGAGGAACAUACUUCGUCUUCGUUGAUGAGGAGCGACAAGGAUAAUAGUGCUUCCUUGACAAAUACUAAAGAGAAUAAUUGCGCAGCAGAUGAAAAUGAGAGAUGUUUAGAGAAGAGCAAUGAAAAAGAACAAGAGAAUCAGUAUGAUGUGGAAAUAGAAAAGGGUCCAAGAAAUGAAAGUAAUGAAACAUCUUUUGUGCAAAUGGAUGUCAUGACGGAAGGUCCUUCAGUGAAUUCGCAGCAACAAGAGGAAACGUCGCAGUCACAGUCAAAAAUUUUGUCUUUGGAAGAAACAAAGUUUAGUGAAACAUUUGAGUCCCGUGCGCGUCUUCAUAUGUUAGGGGACAGUCAGUAUAAAGAGAAAGGAUGGGGGCAUGUUAAGUUACAGAAAGCGGCAAGUCAUGGUGCUUGGAAGUUGACAUUCUCAGUAGAACCUGCAACUAGCAUAUACGAGUCCAAGAUUGACACGGAUACCAAGUUUCAACGUGUUAGAGCUAAAAGUGUGAGAAUAAGUGGAUCCAAGGAACAAGGCAAAGAUGAUUUUGUACUGCAGCUUCCAGAUACUCAAGUCGCAGAUGAUCUUGUUGAAUUUUUAACAAUGGUAAUUACUGAACAAACCAAAACUGUUUCACCUGCUUCUUCCACUGAAAGAAAUUUAUCAUCAUCAUCAUCAAGAGCUCAUUCCGCGGAAAAUCACGUUUUGGCACAAAAGGAAGCUGAAAUGGAACGUGUUCGUCAGCACAUAGCCGAAUUGGAAAAGAGAAAAGCUUUAGUUAGACAGUCUUUGCAUAAAAAGGGAAAGACAAAUUCGGAGAAAACAAGUCCCUUAACUAGUUCCAUUCAAGAUAGUCCAACCGUAUCGAACUUGGAUACUGCCAGUACUUGGAAUGUUAUUAGCAUUGAGAAGGCAAUGCUUCCUUCCAAUAGCACAGCCGAGGAAAUGGCCAUGCCUAAGACAGAUGUAGUAAGUGAACAUGAAGCUGACAAAGAAGCUGUGGAACAGAUGACAAAGCCAGGACAUCAAAAUACUCAUUUAGAACAGGAGCCACCAAAAGAUUCGAGAAUUGGGCAAGAGCAGGAACCUAUGCAACUUGUCUUGCCAUUAUCACAAGGAGAAAAUAUCCAUUCGGUUCAAGAACAAGCUGCAAAACAUCCCAUUUCAGAUCAAAUGUACAACCAGAAUUCUAUCCGAACAGGAUUAGAAACGAUGGAUAGAAUAACAUCGUCUAGUGUAGAAGAGUUUUCCAAAGUUAUGGAAAAGAUUCACAAAUUAGAAGAAUAUGUACAGGAACAGUUCCAGUUCACCCAAAGUUCCCUUUCUAAUUGCCUGAAACGAGAAGAGCUGGACUCAAAUUGGAACAAGCUGACGGAACUGUUUACAAGUGAAACAGAAAGCCGGAUAUCGUUAUUGUUAUCGGAAAUAGACGGAGUUGUAAAGUUGCUAGAUAGAAACAGAGAGGACAAUCAAUCGGAAGCAUUUACUUCCUGUAGACCUUGGAGUUUUAGCGAUUUUCUGACUCGCUUACAUACUUUUCGUCCAAUUACUUGGCCAGCAAAGCCAGAGUGUAUUGAUGCGGUGGAAUGUGCGAGGAGAGGUUGGAGAAAUGUAGGUUACAAUCUUUUGGAAUGUGAGGGCAAAUAUGUGUAUUUUGAUGAAAAUGUUGCAAACUAUUUGGAAGAAGUUGAAACAGUGAGGAAGAAGAUUACUGGAAGAGGAUAUCGAUUUAUGUCGCUUUGGAUCGGAAAUCCUUGUCCAGACGCAUUUCGCCAAGUGCCAUGGAACACCAUUUGUCGAACAGUAGAGCGAGCAAAAGAAUUGAGAGAUUUAGAGUUAUCUGUGCAUUUAGACAGGAGUUGUAUCGAUUUGUUAAAGGACGAGUUGGAGAUGUUUUCGAAACCUACAAUGGAAGAUGUUAUUCAGUCCUUUGCACUCGAUGAAGAAAGAAAACGAAAUUCAUUUUUCUUAGGCAUUUUCGGAUGGACAGUGGAACCUUUAAUGCAGCAUUUUAGCACAAGUUGCCAUGAAACAUGUUUACACUGUGAAUACUGUGAUAUACGUAUUGUUUUAGACUCCUCGACGGAUACUAAGUUUGAUGCUGAAAAAGAACAUCGUAGUUUCUGUGCUUUCCGUCGUGGAGGUUGGAAAAGUUGCCUUGAAUAUUUAAGACAGGUUUUGUAUUCCGGUCAAGUAAAAAUGGAGGAAGAAAAUGAAAAAGGUAGUGGAGUGAAAAGGCUUCGUGAAGAAGACAAAGGUCCAAUAGAUUCUAGAGUGGAAGCUGAUACUACAGAGUAGAAUACUUGAAGGGUCAGUACGAGUUAAUGGUCACAAAUGAAACAGAAUUAAUAUUGACAAGUCGUUUUGACAUCAAACACGCUUGAUAAGUUUUUCUACUUGUUGUCUAGAAACAAAUAUGUUCAAAUAAGUUCCAUGUAUUCACAAUGAUAUUAACAAUUCUGCUCAGCUAGUAAAGAAGCAGUAGUGAAA